AUUCCAUUCAGUUCCAGAUCGACGCAAAGCAAAGUGCUCUGCAAAGACUCCUGUCACCUGUCGCACUUGCAAUCACGCUCCAGACGCUUCCUAAAAGGGCCGGCGUCUUCGUCCUCCCCUGCCUAUAUAUCUCCUGAAUCCUCAUCAGCUCAGACACCUCAAGAAGCUUGCUCUGAACUCAGGCGCCAAGCUCCCUCGCAAGGGAUUCUCGUCUGAACAUUCUCCAAGGCUAAAAUUGCUAGCUAGCGUCUGAUUGUUCGUGGUCGCUUUGCCAAUGGCGCCGCCUAACGAGUCCAAGCCCACGCCCGAGGUCGCCACCGCGCCCAAGCUGGCCACGACCACGGGCACGGCCAGCCCGGCGUCCGUGCCCAGCCUCUUCUCGCUGGAGGACGGCGAGCUCACCGUCGGCGGCGGCAAGGCCACGCUCCUCUCGGGCGUGCCGGGGAGCGUCACGCUCACUCCGUUCGCCGCGGCCUUCGACCCCAAGACGUCGGACGCGCCGCGGGACAUGGUGAACCAGGCCAUGGCGAACGCGCACCGCGGCGCGUUCCUGGGCUUCACGGUGCCGGCGGCGACCGACCGAGCGCCGUGCCGCGUGGGGCGGCUCGCGCGCCCGAGGAGGUUCAUGAGCGUGUUCCGGUUCAAGACGUGGUGGAGCACGGCGUGGGCCGGGGAGUGCGGGCGGGACCUGCAGAUGGAGACGCAGUGGGUGCUCCUCGAGGUGCCCGAGCUUGCCGGCGCCGGCGCCGGGUACGUCCUCGUGCUCCCGCUCGUGCAGGGGAGCUUCCGGUCGGCCAUCUUCCCCGACGAGGACGACGGCGUCGUCAUCUGUGCCGAGAGCGGGUCCAAGGCCGUCACGGCCACCGACUUCGGCCGCAUCGCCUACGUGCACGGGGGCGACGAUCCCUAUAGGGUCAUGCAGGAGGCCUACCUCGCCGCCAGGGUGCACCUCGGCACGUUCAGGUUGAUACAGGAGAAGGCAUUGCCGCCAAUGGCCGAUCGGUUCGGGUGGUGCACGUGGGACGCCUUCUACCUGACCGUCGACCCGGCCGGCGUCUGGCAGGGCGUCUCGGAGUUCUCCAACGCCGGCGUGCCCCCGCGGUUCCUCAUCAUCGAUGACGGCUGGCAGAGCGUGAACCGCGACGACGACCCGCCGCACGAGGACGCGCCCGGUCUCGUGCUCGGCGGCGACCAGAUGACCUCGCGCCUCUACCGCUUCGACGAGUGUGCGCGCUUCCGUGGAUACAAAGAGGGUUCCCUGCUGCACCGCCCGCCGGAGCAGUUUUACGACAAGACCAUGCCCAAGGCCGUCGUGCGCAAGGCCGUCGAGAUCGAGAACACUGCGAAGGCGAAGAAGAAGGCGGCGCAGGGCGGCGCCACCGACCUUUCGAGCUUUGACGCCAGGAUCGCACAAUUGCGUCGAGAGAUGGAGCAGUUGCUUGUGAAGAGGGACGCCGUUCUUGCAAAGCUCUGCGACGACAUUGGCGACGGCGACGGCGAGGUGGGCUUAAAGGCGUUCUUGAAGGACAUGAGGCGGAGGUUCCCGGGUCUGGACGACGUGUACGUGUGGCAGGCGCUGUGCGGCGGGUGGGGCGGGGUGCGUCCCGGCGCGACGCCUCUUGACGCACGCAUCGUGCCGGCGCGGCUGUCGCCGGGCCUGGCGGGCACCAUGGACGACCUCGCCGUGGACCGCAUCGUCGAGGGCGGGAUCGGGCUCGUGCGCCCCGACCAGGCCGGCUACCUCUACGAGUCCAUGCACUCCUACCUCGCCGGCGCGGGCGUCACUGGCGUGAAGGUGGACGUGGUGCACACGCUGGAGUACGUCUGCGAGGAGAACGGCGGCCGCGUCGCGCUCGCCAAGGCAUACUACGACGGACUCUCCAAGUCCAUCGCUAAGAACUUCAACGGCACUGGCAUCAUCGCCAGCAUGCAGCAGUGCAACGACUUCUUCUUCCUCGGGACGCGGCAGGUGUCCAUGGGCCGCGCCGGCGACGACUUCUGGUUCUCGGACCCCAACGGCGACCCCAUGGGCGUGUACUGGCUGCAGGGCGCGCACAUGGUGAACUGCGCCUACAACAGCCUGUGGAUGGGCCAGUUCAUCCGGCCGGACUGGGACAUGUUCCAGUCCGACCACGCCUGCGCUGCCUUCCACGCCGCGUCGCGGGCCAUCUCCGGCGGCCCUGUCUACGUCAGCGACUCGCUCGGUGGCCACGACUUCGCCCUGCUCAGGAGGCUCGUCUUCCCUGAUGGCACCGUGGCCAGGUGCCUGCACUACGCACUCCCAACCAGAGACUGCCUAUUCAAGAACCCACUCUUUGAUCAGCAGACUGCUCUGAAGAUUUGGAACCUGAACAAGUUUGGAGGGGUCAUUGGGGCAUUCAACAGCCAGGGCGCAGGUUGGGACCCGGCCGAGCACCGUGUCCGAGGCUACUCACACUGCUACAAGCCGGUCUCCGGUGACGUUAGGCCUGCCGAUGUCGAGUGGGGGCAGAGGGAGGACACCUGCGCCAUGGCCAAUGCCACGGAAUACGCAGUCUACAGGUGCCAAUCCGAAGAGCUACUCCUGAUGACACCAAAUUCAGAGCCCAUCCAUUUCACCCUCCAGCCAUCCUCCUUUGAGCUCUUCACAUUUGCUCCGGUCAUGGCGGUCCCCGGUGCCGGUGCUCGAUUCGCGCCGAUUGGGCUGGUCGACAUGAUGAACUGUGGCGGCGCCGUUGUCGAUGUGGUGUAUAGCAGUGGAGGCGAGGCGAGGAUGAAGGUGAAGGGGGCAGGGCGGCUGCUGGUGUACUCAGAUGUGAAGCCAAAGAGGAGCUUGGUGGAUGGCUGCGAGGCUGAGUUUGAAUGGGGAAAUGGUGGGAAGUUGCUGGUUGAUGUGACGUGGAAGAAGGAGAAGGAUGGUGUCUCUGACGUGGUCUUCUGUUACUAGGAGAAGAGAAAUGCUGGGCUCUGUUCGGUUCAUGCAAGCAACAAUGCUUGCAACUCUGAAAUUCUUUUCCUUUAGUUAGUUUGUUACUUUUGAUAUAAAUGGUGUGACAAAGCUAGUACGGUUUGGUUUUUAUAUCUUGUGGAAUUUGAAUUGUUUUAAAUCAAAUGGAUUUUAGU